AUGAGCCAGCCGAAGGAGAAGCGCAUCGGACGAUGGUACUUCGGAGGGUUGGCUUCGGCUGGCGCCGCUUGCUGCACACAUCCACUCGAUUUGCUAAAGGUGCAUCUCCAAACGCAGCAAGCCGGAAAGGUCUCACUUGGGCAAAUGGCCGUAAAGUUGUACAAAUCCGACGGCAUUUUCGCAUUCUACAACGGGCUAUCGGCAUCAUUGCUCCGCCAACUGACCUAUUCGACAACCCGCUUUGCCGUCUACGAGACCUUGAAGAAGCAGUACCCUUCAGAACAAAACCUUCCCUUCCUUCAAAAGGCACUCCUGGCCGGCAUCUCCGGUGCACUCGGCGGACUUGUUGGUACCCCCGGAGACUUGGUGAACGUCAGGAUGCAAAAUGACGUUAAGCUGCCACCGGCUGAACGACGCAACUACAAGCAUGCAGUCGAUGGGGUUGUGAGAAUCGUUCGCGAGGAAGGUGUUCAACGGCUCUUCAACGGAGCCACGAUGGCCACAUCUCGCGCGAUUCUGAUGACAAUCGGCCAAUUGGCUUUCUACGAUCAGAUCAAGCAGACGAUCCUGGCUAGCGGACUGGCGGAGGAUAAUUUGGUCACCCAUUUCUCAUCUUCGAUCACCGCGGCUUCCAUCGCGACGCUGAUGACCCAACCUAUGGAUGUCCUCAAGACACGUAUGAUGAAUGCUACUCCUGGCCAAUUUAAGAGCAUCGCCGACUGCUUCUUCUUCACUGCCAAGCUGGGCCCGGCCGGCUUCUUCAAGGGCUUCGUCCCGGCUUGGGUGCGACUUGCCCCUCACACCGUCCUCACCUUCAUCUUCUUCGAGCAGCUGCGCCUUAAUUUCGGCUACUUCAAA